AUGAAUUCAUUUGAAUUAGAGAUAAAAUCACAUAAUAUCAGCAAUGAAGUCGAUAAAUUUAUACAAAUCUCAAUGCAAGGAGAAGAAGUUCAAUUACCUAUACUUUGUUAAUUAUCUAAAAAUUUAAUUGAUAUUCCUGUAAGGCAUUCAUCUAUUAAAAUGCUUAAAUGUAUAUUCGAUUUAAAAUCUUUGCUUGAAUAUUGCAAAGUGACAAAUAAUUAUAACUAGUAUUUUAUAAUAUUUUAAUGAGGUUAUUUAUUUGCCCCGUAUGCUAUAAUAAGACAUAUCUAUAAAAUUUUGGAGUGGAUACUAAUUUAUAUCAUACUUUAGAAGCCUUCAAAUUAUUUAAAAUAUAAUAUAGAAGAAAAUAUGCUAACAAAUAUAUUGAUGAAAGUUUACUUUUUUAUUCGUCUCAAGAGACUUAUUCUUUUUAUUAAUGCAAAGUAAAAGAUGGAAAAAAAGAAACUCAAUAUGAAAAAGUCAUUAUUCCUGGGACUUCUGCUAUUUUAGGAAUUUCAAAAAGGCAUCAAUUUAAUGAUGAUCAAUAAAAACCAUAAAAUAAAAAAAUAAGCGAAAAUAUUGCAUUUACUAUUUAAAAACUAUCCCAUUACCUUAGUAGAAAGAUCUACAAAAUUUCAAAAGAAAGGAAAAUAAGUAUGAGCCAAUUAUAUUAACUAAUUGAACCGAAAAAAAGCUAGAUUAGUUUAUUGUUUCGAAAUUCAAUGAAGUUAAUUUCAUUAGGAAAAAAAUCAUUAAAAAGCGAUUUCAUAUUUGCACUAAAAAAAAUAUAUCAUGAUAACAAUAAAAAUAAAUUCAUUUCGUUAGUAAAUUUUAAUAUAUUACUAGUUAAUUGUAUAUUAUGUAUUUUAUGAUGUUUGGCAUGAAUACAAAUUAGAAAUUUAGAACAAUCCUAUGAAUAUUUUAGGAUAAUAAUUAUAUAUAAAGGAAUUUGAGUGUGGAAGUGAACAUUAUUUAUAUAUUAUUGGAGGAAGAGAUUCUGAAUAAUUUACAUAGAGUUCAUAAUUUUUAAGGAUUCGAAUUCCUAGCAAUCCAUUUCAAUAGAAAGAAGCUAAAGUUGAGAUUUUACCAAAUUUACCUGUUGAAGGUUAUAAUUUUAUGGGUACAACAUAUUAAGGGUAUUUUUGUUAAUUUAUAAGAUGUUAGAAAAGUCUAUGUUUUCUAUGGAUAAAAAUAAUUUAUAGAUGAAGAAAAAUGUAUUUAAAAUUAAUUGUUAAAUACUGCAUAUGCUUACAAAAAUAAUAAAUGGGUAGAAAUUAAACUUCAAUUAGAAAAUAGAUUUGAUGGAAGCUUUUUCGUUUGUUAAGAUUAAAUUUUUGAUAAAUUAGUUAUCUUUUUUGGUGGUUAAACUUGUGACCCUAAAGGUCGAAUUAAUUCUGUUGUUUAGGAAUAGGUGAAAAUAUAAAUCUUUUCUUGUAAAGAAGAAAUUCUACUGGGAAAUAAAUUAAAAUUUUUUAAUCUUAAAUUUUCCAACAACCCAGAAGAAUCCUAUUAAUAAAAAGUGUUAUGUUCUCCUCUUUUUUCUUGUCCUUAUUAUGGAAGAAAUUAAUUAAUUUUAUCAGGAGAAUAUCUCAAAAAACCUUUUCAAGGAGAAAUUAAAAAAGGAAAAAGAGAAAUAUUUAACCUAGAUUGGGAAAAUGGAACUUUAAAAUUAAAUGAAAUAUUUUCUUUUGAGCCUCCAGAAUAUUUUCUUACUAAAGUUAGAGAGUACGGAAAAAAAGAAUCAGCUUUUUAGCCAGUAGAUGACUUAGAAGGUUGUGUUGCCUAUGGUUAUUUUUAUGCUAUAUUUCAUUCUUUAAGCGAGAAAAACACUGAAUCCUAUAGCAGAUCAAUAACUCAACUUCUAAGGAUUGAUUUGACAAACACUUAAUGUAUAGAUUUGAAUUAUAUUUUAGUUAGAGUUCAUUAAUAUUAAGAUAAUAAUAAAUCAGUUGAAAAAUCAAAGAAAUUAACAGAACGAUUUGAAAAUAGAGAGAAUUUAAAUAUUUUAUGA